ACAAUGGCUGCCUCCACACCAGAUCACUCCGUCAACAUGCCUGCCUCCAAUGACUCCUCCAGCCCCAGCGACGACCUGCGCGUCCUUGGCUACGACCCGCUGAUCCCUCCCCAGCUCCUCGCCGCCGAGAUCCCCAUCCCCGCCCACGCCGAAAAGACUGUCCUCCAGGGCCGCAAAGACGCCGCCAGCAUCAUCACACAAAAGGAUGACCGCCUCCUCGUCAUGGUCGGGCCCUGUUCGCUCCACGACCCGGAGCUGGCCAUUGAGUACUGCCAGCGUCUCAAGGCCCUUGCCGACAAGCUGCAAGACAACCUGUGCAUCAUCAUGCGCGCCUACCUCGAGAAACCACGCACAACCGUCGGCUGGAAGGGCCUGAUCAACGACCCCGACAUUGACGAGAGCUACCAGAUCAACAAGGGCCUGAGGGUCUCGCGCAAGCUGUUCGUCGACCUCACCUCUUCGGGCAUGCCCAUUGCCUCUGAGAUGCUCGACACAAUCUCCCCACAGUUCCUCGCAGACCUCAUCUCCCUCGGUGCCAUUGGUGCCCGCACAACAGAAUCCCAGCUGCACCGAGAGCUGGCAUCUGGUCUUUCUUUCCCCAUUGGCUUCAAGAACGGUACCGAUGGAGGCUUGACCGUGGCCGUUGAUGCUAUUGGCGCCGCCGCCGCCAAGCACCACUUCAUGGGUGUGACCAAACAGGGUCUGGCUGCCAUUACCCGAACCGCAGGUAACGAGCACUGCUUCGUCAUUCUCCGUGGUGGAUCCAAGGGCACAAACUACGACAAGGACAGCAUCAAGGCUGCCCGUGAAGCCUUGAAGAAUAAGGGUCUGCCAGAGGUCAUGAUGGUCGACUGCUCGCACGGAAACUCCAACAAGAACCACCGCAACCAGCCCAUUGUAGCAAAGGACAUUGCUGAGCAAAUCCGCAAUGGCGAAACAGGCAUUGUCGGCGUAAUGAUUGAAUCCAACAUCAACGAGGGCAACCAAAAGGUUCCUCCCGAGGGCCCCUCUGGCCUGAAAAAGGGCGUCUCCAUCACCGACGCCUGCAUCGACUGGGAAACGACGGUCGACACGCUGGAGAACCUUGCUGCUGCUGUUGCCGAGAGGCGAGCCAACAAGGGCCAGACGAACGGUGCACAGUAAAUGUAAUCGUUUGACGUGUGUGUGUGUAUAUGUAUGUAUGUAGACGGGAGGGUUCUGGCGUUUUUUGAAAAGUAAUACAGAAAACUCAUUUCGAAAGACUUGAAGGACCAGGUUUAGGGCCACGGAAUAUCAUGAUGAAUGUCUGGUAAACAAGUUGAUUCUUGACCGGGGGGUAUCUUGAUAUUCAUCUUAUUCAUCCUCC